CUUUGGCCCGCAAACCGUCGUCCAUAUUUCUUCAUUUUUUCUCCUUUUUUUGUGUUUUUGCAGACUCUGUUCUUCCGGGUCUCCCUCGUCUCUCCUUCGUGGUCACCUCUCGCGGGAGACCGUGUCUCCGGCUACACCACGGAAACCGCACACAAGAGAGACUCGCGGCUCUAGCUCCGCAAACGCCGACAGAGAAUCCUUUGCUCUUGUCGCUGUUCCUUUUCGCUUCCUUGCACCUAUUGUCUCGGCUCUUGUCGACCAUGGGGAGAAGACGUUAAACCCAGGAAAAGAAACGAGCCACGGAGCGCGAGCAGCUCGUCAAGCUCAAGCGACGCCGCAGAGCAGACAAGGAAAAAGAGAAAGAGAGAAAGGACAGAGGCCAGCACGGUUGACGUAUUUCCCUUCCCCUCGUUUUUCCUUCUCCCCGCGGUUCCGUCUGCCCGGAACUUCUCUUCUCUCCCCUGUUUUUCCUCUCCACGCUCCAUUCAAACGACCUUUUUAGUCACCUUCUGACCCCCGUACACGUCCCCCUCUGCUGUCUCUCCUCCGAUGGCGAACGAGGGAGACAAUCCUUUCGCCUUCUUCGCCUUCCAGGCUCGACGAGGCCUCCCUCCCCCCGACCUCUCCUCCCCUCACUCCGUCUCCUCUCCCGCCGCCUCUUCUCCCCUCGUGCAGCAUGCACCUUCCCUGGCUGACGCAUCGGGUGUACAUACGCCUGGGCGAGGCGCGCCGGAGAGAUUGAACCGGACGCGCGCAGAGUCGAGCGUAUCCGCGGCCUCUCCGUCUUCUUCGACGCCUCGAGGGUGUCGUGGCGGCGGAACUCUGCGAACGCUUGCAAAGCCGAGAGAAGGAGAGACGGUGCGGGAGCGACUGGCGUCCGGAGAGACAUCUAGGUCUCCAGACCUCUCAAGCCACGAUGAAAAUGAAGAAGAAGUGAAGAAAAAACAGUGCAUUCGUCUCCCCAGUCCUCCAUCGUCUCUGCCGGCCGUGCCUGGGCUGCCCACAGACAUCACCGACGUUAUACCUUGCUCUUCUUCUUCGCCAUCCGCUUCCCCCAGUUGUUCUCCUUCCGCUCGUCCGCUGCCGUCUGAGGAACGCCCGCUCGCUUCUCAGACUCUGUCUUCGUCUCGCGGUUCUUCGCCUGACUCUCAACCCACUGGAGGAUUACCUUCUCGCGGACGACACUAUCUUGGUCGAGGCCUCCUUCCUCCUCGGGCAAAGCGACCAGACAAACGCUUUUCCUCCCUCUCUUCACAGCAUCUCUCCGACUCUCCAGUCUCUCAUACGGCCUUGCCUCAUUCGCCGCCCACCUGCCCCUCUUCUCUCCCCCUCUCAGAGUCUUCCUCUUUUCGCACGGUCUCGUCUCUGCCAUCUUCCUCCUCUUCGUAUCCACCUGGCGCGUCGUCUCUGUCUUCUUCCUCGUCGGCCUCUCUGUCUUCUUCCUCCUCGGCGUCUCUGUCUUCUUCCUCCUCGGUGUCUCUGUCUUCUGCUUCUGCAUCUCCUGCUGCACAGCCUCGAGGGCGCAUGUCUCCUGGGGUCGUUGACGGCGAAGUCAGACAACGAAAGAAGCGAAUGCGCAGCAGCAGCCAGCGCGCCGGUGGAGACGCGCAGAACACUGAGGAACCUUUCUCUCUCUCGGACUGGGUCGAGUCCCUGGAGCAUGCACCUUUCUUGUCAUCGACGCCGGAGACGCUGCAAUCUCCGAACGACGCGGAGGCGCCUCGAGGAUGGCGAAAAAUCGUCGGAGCUCUCAUUUGCCUCAGAAAGAAAUACGCGCGAGCGACGAGGCCUGACGAAUUCUACGAGUUCCUCGUCCGGCUGAAUCGAUUCAAAGAGCCGAACUUCCUCGCCAUGAUUGCGGCCGUUCUAAGCAUCCGCUGUCGCGACCCCGUCGCCCUCAGGGCAAUGACUUCUUUCAUGCAUGCAGCUACUCGCCGAGCGGUGCAGCUUGCGAGGCGUGGUGUUUCGCUUCGUGCGUCUCCCGCGACUUCGAUUUCUCCUGCUGUUUCCUCGUUUCGGGACUCGAUGAGGCGCUCCUCGGCUUCCGGCAGCGAAGGCGAAAGAGACACACGAAGAGACGAGAGAGACACCGAUGCUGAAGGAGCACUCAGCAUGCGCGAAGAGGGGAAAGGAGCAGAAGACGGAGAGCGAAGCAACAGCGGAGACGAAGAACGGAGCAGUCGCAAAGACGAAAGAGGUGACCGUGAAGAGGAAACAAACAGGAGAGAAGAAGAGGCACUAUGGAGAAAGUUCGAGGACGAAGGCCCCACAUGCGAAGUAGUGAGGCACAUGUCGGAACGCGAAAUCCAGGAGUGCAUUGCAAGUGUGAAUUUCAAGGACUCGAAGGCGCGUCGCAUCCUUCUCCUCGCGCGGACGCUCCACAGCUCUUUCCGCGGGCGUAUCCCGGCUACCUACGAAGAGCUUGUCAAGCUCCCCGGCGUAGGACCCACGAUCGCCAAUCUUUUGCUGUCUCUACAGUACGGCCGAAAUGAAGCCCCCUCACGUCGAACGCUACCGGCUCGGUUCUUGUGUUUGAAGAAGUCGAGAAAGGCUUUCUCCGACACCGAGGACAACGAACCUCUCUUGUUCUCUGUCCCCAUGCUCUCCCCCAGAGCCGGCGAAGUCAACUGGCAGGAGGUUGAGACGCGAGAAGAAGAGCGACCGAUGGCGCAGAUGCCCGCAGGAGACAGCCGCCACAGUGGGCACAAGCCAUGGGUGGAGGAGCCUUCUCGCGACUAUGCAGAAGCCGAGGAGGCAAAGGACACAAGUGGAGACUCGAGCCAGCAGACUGGCGACACAGUUUCGCUGGACAUCAACGAGAGUCACAUUCGCCAGCUCCUGAGAAACGGAGGCGGCCUUUUCGUCGAUACGAACGUGAAGCGACUUGCCAUCUGUUUCAAUUGGUUGCCGAGAGACACGGUGAUGAGUUUGCAGGAGGUUAAGGAGGCACUGGAACGCUGGAUCCCUCCCGGACUGUAUUUCGAACUUCCACUUCUUCUCGCCGGUCUGCUCCAGCUUCUGUGUGGCCGCGAAACUCCCAAGUGCUCCACAUGCUGGCUGGCGGAUAUCUGCGUCCACCGGCAGAGAGCCGCGGUGCUCGCGAGGGCCGAGAAGAAAACCGACGCAAAGACGGAGAGAAACAAGAACCUAGAAGGAGCACAGACAGAUGCUGGAUGCUGCCCAGAGGCGAGAGAAGGCACUGGAGACCAAGCUGCAAAAACGAGAGACUCCGAGCCCUGGCGAAGCAGAGAAGAAGAGAGAAAGAGCCAAGAAGAAUGCAGGAGAGAAGAAGAGAGGAGGGGACAGAGAACGGCAGACGACGCGACACCAAGAUGCGGAGAGUGGCUGAAAGAAGAAGAGAGAACAGGAGAAGAAGAGCGAACAGAAGCAGAGACGGUGAACGGUGUCGCCGAAGGAGGUGAACAGGACUUUGGUGGGGCAAGUCGAAACGAAACAGACGGGAGAGGAGGUACAUCUGUGUGCGCGACAGAGGAACACCGAGAAAACGACAAGGAGAAGCAAGAGGUGAUCCUCUGCUCUCCUGUUGAGUCUGUCAGAUCGACGAACAGUGGCCCCGGCCGCGAAGAGCAAUCCGACGAAGAAGGUGAACAAGAGGCAGAAGUUGAAGGCCUUGCGGGGACGAACUUUCGAGUGCACAGCGCGUCACUGGAAAUCGUAGACUCGGAUUCCAGUAAGGAGGAGCAGUGCGAGAGCGCUGAAGAAGAUCAAGACCUGGUGACGAUCCUGGGGGUUCGAGAGGCGUGGGAUCCCUGAGCGUUCUAGCGGCUCGUGGCGAGGGAGACGCGUUCGCCUUCGUGCUGCUUCGGAGACUCUCGCCACCGAGAGCGAAUUUAUCGACGAACAAGAGAGGGAGAAGUCGCAGCGAAUCGGAGGCUGCGCCACACAAGUCUGUGCGUGUAGGUCAGACAAGGUUGGAGACGAAGGGAGGAAAAGAAGAAACAAAAAACCGCGAAGGAGGUAUCCAGGCAGAGGUAAGGCGACUGCGACGGGGCGGAGACGCACGAGAAGGAAGACGAAGGAUGCGAAAGCGACAAAACGAAAGAACAGAGCAUGCCAUCAACCGGACGGGGGAACUGUGGCGUUCUUGAAAAUGUCUGUUUUCAACUCUGCUUUCAUUAAAAAAAAAAGUUCUGCUAUUUCCAAAAUCCCUGAAACGGUGUCUUCGCUUGGCGUGGUUGUUUUUACGCUGUCACUGUGUCCGGCGCUUUGUCGCCUCCUUUGUAGACUUGACAUUUUACUUUCGAUCCUUUUUCGUAGCCGACUGCAUGCCGA